AAGCAUUGGUUUCAACCCAAUGGUUGGUUACCAGUCGCCAUAUCAACAAUAACUCGUUAGCAGCUAGCUAACUGAAGGAGUAGAAAUUUGUAUCUGUCUUUCCGUUUAGGACGUCUUGUUCGACACGUAGGCUAGCAUGUUCACGACACACACGGAAGCACACUCCAGCUCGCUUAGCAGCUAUGUUGUACAUGGUGUUGCAAUUUGACCGAUCUGGUUAGGCGAUGUGUCAGCUAGCGAUACUCGUGUGCUGGACAAGUCAAUGUAGCCGAUAGCUAUGUUCAAAAAUGUGUUUGGGUCAGGAUUUCUUGUAAGGACUGCGCACAUUAUCCUAACAUGGGUGAUAACGUUAAUUCUAUUCCUACAUGAUACAGAUCUCCGAAAACAAGAAGAGUCAGGGCACCUAAUACAACCUGUACUCUUCGUCCUUCUGGUUCUCUUGUCAGUGUUGCUGUAUUUUACAGUGUCACUGAUGGACCCCGGCUUUGUGCUAUCUGAUGACCGCGAUUUGCUAUUCACUCUUGGCAUUACUGAAGAGCAAGAUAAUAUGAUUCCACCAACUACAAAAUCACUUAGACAACGUCGCUGUGGACAUUGCUUACUUCAGCAGCCAAUGAGAUCCAAGCAUUGUCAGACCUGUCAGCAUUGCGUCCGUCGCUAUGACCACCACUGCCCCUGGAUAGAAAAUUGUGUUGGGGAAAGGAACCAUCGCUGGUUUGUGCUCUACCUGGCUGUCCAGUUGCUUGUUCUGAUGUGGGGUCUACAUAUGGCAUGGUCAGGGUUCAUGUUUGCCCCCACCUGGCAGCUGUGGUUACAUGCUAACGGAGUGCUAUUGGGGGCGGCUGUGAUGGAGGCUGUCCUCUCCCUGACAGUGUUGCUCCUCCUCGGCUCCCACCUCUAUCUUGUCUCUCUUAACACCACCACUUGGGAGUUCAUGUCACGCCACCGCAUCUCUUACCUCAAACACUGUGGGAUUGAUGAGAACCCCUUUGACCGUGGUGCAUUGCGCAACUUGUGGGGAUUCUUUUGUGGCUGGGGGACUGUCGUGUGGGAGCAGGUGUACUUCAGGGAGGGAAACGACCCCAUUUAGCUCAUAGUUUGUCCUACGUCUACAUACCUACAGUAGACGUGGUAUUUAUUAUAUUUGUCAAAUAAUUUACAAUGUUUACAGAACAGUGUCUCUAUUGGAAAUAGAUGUGAUUUUGAUAUGCACCCUGACCCCAACAAACGAAAAUGUUUCAGAAACACAGACGUUAUGGGGAAUGAUUACAUUAUACCAUUCCAUGUUUCCUUGUGCUAUUCCAUUAGUUCUAAUGUACAAAUAUUUUAAAAUAGCAGUGCAAUUGAAUUGCAAACUUGUUACAUAAUUAUAUAAGUAGACCAGAGAAAUACCAACAAAAAAGGUCAAGGGGACUGGUACAUGUAUAGAUUGAUAGCAAGUAAAGCAUGUGCAGACUUACCUUUAUGAUGAUACAGGAGAAAAGUGAAAAUGUUUAUCUGGUAUUGGUUCCUUAGCCAUGGGAUGAAGCUAGUUCUUUUGUGUGUUUUUUAUAGACUCAAUGCUUUUUAGACUCAUUGGAGUAGAGCCCUAUGCUGGGCAUUUCUAUAGGUGAGUCUCAUGACUUCAGUGGAACUGGAUGGGCAGCUGUGGGAAACUCGACCAGCACAAUCAUAAUCCUAGUCAUAUCCUAUUGUCUUGUCUCAAGACUUUUAUACUCCUCCCCACAUUGUUCUCUAGCCUGACAAGUAUAAAAGACCAAAAUGCACCUUUACCAGGUUUUAAAUGCUGAUUAUCAUGGACCAUACUAAAGUGAGCAGUAUUUUCCAGCUCAUCAUCUUGCCUACUGGGAAUGAAUAGAAAACAUUGUAUUGUCUGACAGGAACAAAUGCACUCAAUUCACUUUUGAUCUCCAGCUGUAUUAUAAUCAACCACAUACCACACUACAUGUUACAAAGGUAGACUGUAUCUACUAAGGAACCUCUUAGUUUCUUUAGUUGUGCUGAUACUGAAAAUCAACAAAGAACAAACAUUGAUCAAUUAUACUGCUCUGUACUGUUUUCCAAAGCACAUUCCUGUUUUAUGUUGUGUUUCUUGUAAGUAGUGUUAUUGUCUAAUCACUAAAUUACGUGUACUUAUCUGUACAAUAAUGCAGGCUUAGUUUAGGCCCCACCACAGCUCAAUGAUGCAUUUCCAGAGGAAAACAUUCGAGCCAAAUUAUUAAUGUGUACUCGUUUCAUACUAUUAACCUAAUAACGGUAAAAAAACACUGGUAUGGUACAACACCCAUUCUUUUUGUGAAAGGGGUAUGAGGUGUUUACAAUCAAGAAAUACACUUUGUUUUAACAUAUCAACAUUUUGUGAGCUUCUGUGGAUCAUUGUGAAAUGCUAAAUAGGUAACUGUUUCUUAUUGAAUGGUACUGAAGCAUUAAGAUAUUUAUAUAGAGUGAAUCAUUUUUAAAACAAGUCGGGUAAUAGCAAAUACCAUGUCUAGUAGAUAGUCACUGGGAUUACUGAGAUUAUUUUUGUAAACAUUUAUAUUUAUAGUUCUAAAUUAACUUCAACUGUCAAUUUGUUUUAUAAAAGAAAGUCAGUUUUACAUUUUUAAAGUUGUUGUGUAUACUGUGAGCACUUAAGUACUGUUAGAUGAGGUGAACUUGAGAACAAGGAGGGCUGUCUUGUGUAUUCCUUUUACAUUUUCUGCUGUGGAAUAUAGUGACUAUCAGAGAGCAAUAAUUGUAAAUCCUUAUUUUUAAAGUUAUUUAUUUUGUAACUGUAAAUUGUUAUAUUAGGAUUUUGAAAUGCAAUUUUACAUGAUUGUUUGUUCAGUUGACUUAAUUUUCAAUAUUUAUGCAACAUUCCUUGGUUCUAUAUGUUUUCUACUUUGCAGUGUUUCCUCCAAUAAAUGUAUUAAAUGCAAUAUUUAUUAAACGUCACUAAAAUUUUAGUCAA